AUCACGCACUGCCUACCUGCCACAGCCGUUGCAUGGGUCUCCAAUGAAGUGACUCAGUAGCGACUUACAACCAAUCGGCACCAGCCAGGGCUCGCGUCCGACCUAUGGGCGCGCGCCGGGGGUGGGCUGUCCCGGCCCGGUUCCACUCCCAGCGGGGUUUGUUAAAGCGACAGGAGCCACGGCGCGCUAGGGUUCCUCUGGCCACCGCACAGCUGGCACUGCGGCCCUCCAUGUGCGGCUGGCGCCUUUGACAGCGGCGCCACUUUGCUUCCGACCCCCGAUCCGGGCGCUGCCUACCUAUUUGGCGCGGGCACGGCCGCGUCGCCCGGCGGGAUGGGCGGUGAGGCGAGGUCUGCGGAGGCCGUGGGCUCCGAGGGUCGCGUGAAGAGCCUGGGUCUGGUGUUCGAGGACGAGCGCAAGGGCUGCUACUCGAGCGGCGAGACAGUGGCGGGGCAUGUGUUGCUGGAGGCGGCCGAGCCGGUGGCCCUCCGCGCGCUGCGCCUGGAGGCCCACGGACGCGCCACUGCCGCCUGGGGCCCCAGCGCGGGCUCCGCAGCCCCGGCCUCCGUCUCGGAGGUGGAGUACCUGAAUGUGCGCCUGAACCUGCGCGAGGCCCCGGCCGGUGAAGGCACCCUCUCCCUACCGCCCGGCAAACACGAAUUCCCCUUCAGCUUCCAGCUGCCGUCUGAUCUCCUAGUCACGUCGUUCACCGGGAAGUACGGGAGGAUCCAGUACUGCGUGCGGGCGGUGUUGGAGCGCCCCCGGCUGCCGGCCCAGAGCGUGCAGCGGGAACUGCAGGUGGUCGGCCACGUCGACGUCAACACGCCAGCACUGUUAACGCCUGUGUUGAAAACUCAAGAGAAGAUGGUGGGCUGCUGGGUUUUCACCUCCGGCCCCAUCUCGCUGAGCGCCAAAAUCGAGAGAAAGGGGUACUGCAAUGGGGAAGCUAUUCCAAUCUACGCAGAAAUAGAGAACUGCUCCUCCCGACUGGUGGUCCCCAAAGCUGCCAUCUUCCAGACGCAGACGUACCUGGCCAGUGGGAAGACCAAGACCGUCCGGCAGGCGGUGGCCCACGUGCGUGGGAACCACAUCGCAUCCGGGAGCACCGACACCUGGAACGGGAAGAUGCUGAAGAUCCCGCCCGUAGCGCCCUCCAUCCUGGACUGCUGCAUCCUCAGAGUGGACUACUCCUUAGCUGUGUACAUUCACAUUCCUGGUGCUAAGAAGCUGAUGCUGGAGCUGCCCUUAGUGAUCGGCACGAUCCCGUACCACGGCUUUGCCAGCAGGAACUGCAGCAUGGCCAGCCAGUUCAGCAUGGACAUGAGCUGGUGGGCCCUGGCACUGCCCGAGCAGCCGGAAGCGCCCCCGGAAUACACAGACGUGGUGUCAGAGGAGGAGCUCUCCAGGCACGGCCCCCCCAACCCCGCGCUGCCCAGCUGGGGGCCAGAGGCGCACUGCCCCGCCUUCACCUGCAUUCCGGACUUCCGCUUCCAGCCUCCCCCUCUCUACUCAGAGGUUGACCCGCAUCCUAGCAACACGGACGAGACCCAGCCCGUCUCCUUCAUUCUGUGAACAUAUCUCGGAAACCACUGUGACCGUCCCCCCAGGAGGACGCCGGCUCUUUUCCCUGCCUUCUGGGCAAGCGGGAGGGAAGACUCGCUUAAAGAACCCCAACGAACAUCAGCACCAAGAAAUUAAAGAGUACGCGGACUGCCCGGCAGGCUGGCGGGAUUGUUGCCCGGGUUUGUGGUGGGGCCACGUGUCCCCUUUGGAGAACGGAAGCCUGUGGACGUCACAGAGUGGAGCGGGAGCCCCGACGGGGACGGAGUAAGAGGAGGGCCCUGUGCUGACAGCACUCUGUGUGAGCGGGAAAAGCACUAUGCAAGGGCUCUCAGGGUGGAGCAAAGGCAACCCGGGCGCCCUGGGAGGGGACCUGACUAUGGGGAAGUUGGGGUGUGCAGGGGCAGAGGAAGGCUGAGUCCAAACACCGACUGAGACCCCCCCCAGGGGGCGGGGGCUGCCGAUCCCCUCCCCCACACAUCCCGUAGGCCUGCGGUCCGUGGAAAAUGGGUUCCUGAGACCGUGGUGGUCAGAGGCCCUCAAAGAGGGAUUGUUGGGUUUCCACCCUUUCUGGGCCCAUUCGAAACAGUUGAUACAUUGGGGGUCCAAUAUUAGGACCCCAAGAAAGGGUCCCUUGAAAGGCAUGUGAGUGCGAAGGGGAAAGAUGAAUUCCCGCACGAGGACACCUCUUGUCAGAGGCUGUGAUUUCUACCCUCUUGAGUACUUGAAGAGGACUCUCGCGUGACUUCCUCGAGUCCUAUUUACCUAAGAGCAUCCUGGACAGAGAAGGGGAAAGGUGCGUCCUUAGGACGCCGCGGCACCUACACAGGAAGGCGCGCCAAGGGCUCGUUCUCACCUACCUCCGGCGGGCGAUCGGAGUGGUUUUCAGACUUGGUCUGAUGGGUCUCGGGGGGCCCCAGCCCUCGGCAGGGGCGCCUCGGGCUCGCCUGUCACCAUGUCUGGAACCGAACCCCGGGGAGCCCCUGCACGGUUAGCAGGAGAUGGGAGUUAACGCAGGGAAACCAAAGGCAUCUCGAAAGAAACGCAACACUGAAAGAGGGUAGAAAUGCCGUUUUUUGAAAAGGCGCUCAGACUGGGUCCGUGUCAGGAGACACACGUCCCCCGAGGGCGGGCCCUGCCCAGUGCCUCAUCAGUCCCAUUCCUUAGUCAUUCUCUGGAAACUGUGAUUCUAUUGUUCUGGUGCAAUAUUUUAUUAGCA